AUGACUAAUGUGGAGGAAGCAGCCCGCCGGCUGUCCAAAAGUGGGACAAACCUCUAUGCAGUGCUGGAGCUUAAGAAGGGUGCCUCACCUGAAGACAUCAAAAAAUCCUACAGCCAUUCCCCAUCCCCUCCCCACCCUCCUUUUGGGUAUUGUCUGGGUAGGAAACUGGCCUUGAAGUAUCAUCCAGACAAGAAUCCAGGGGACCCUCAAGCAGCAGAAAUAUUCAAAGAAAUCAACACAGCCCAUGCUGUACUGACUGAUCCUAAGAAGAGGAAAAUCUACGACCGGCAUGGCUCAUUGGGAAUAUAUCUAUAUGAUCAUUUUGGUGAAGAAGGCGUCAGAUAUUAUUUUAUGCUGAAUAGCUGUUGGUUCAAGACACUCGUCAUCCUAUGUGCACUGCUCACUUGUUGCUGCUGCUGUUGCUGCUGCUGUUUUUGCUGUGGAGCACUUAAACCACCACCAGAGGACGUUAAUAGGAGAAAAUAUCAAGAGAAUGUCCAGACUCAGCCUUCGAGGUCAGGAGCCAGAAGUGAUUUUAGAAGACAGGAAGAUAGUGAAGAUAGUUAUUAA